CAUUCCCACUGUUCGGGAUCCUGCAUUCACUAUAUCUGGUCUCCCCGGACCCUGCAUUCACUAUAUCCGGUCUCCCCGGACCCUGCAUUCACUAUAUCCGGUCUCCCCGGACCCCGCAUUCACUAUAUCCGGUCUCCCCGGACCCUGCAUUCACUAUAUCUGGUCUUCCCGGACCCUGCAUUCACUAUAUCUGGUCUUCCCGGACCCUGCAUUCACUAUAUCUGGUCUCCCUGGACCCUGCAUUCACUAUAUCCGGUCUCCCCGGACCCUGCAUUCACUAUAUCCGGUCUCCCCGGACCCUGCAUUCACUAUAUCCGGUCUCCCCGGAACCUGCAUUCACUAUAUCCGGUCUCC